AUGUCCUCCAGGCUUCAGCGACCACGCAGCUUCAUGGGAGGUAAAUGGUCCUCACCUACGGCCUGGGUCGUACCGGCCUUUCGGUCACGCGGAUACACUGUCGUGUCGGUCGGCUACCGCAUGCUCCCACACGUCGGCAUCAAGGACAUCAUGACAGACGUUCGUACCGCGUACGCAUGGUGCAUGGACAACUUGCCGCGACUGGUCGGUGCCGACCCCUGUGCUGGCGUGAUUGCUGGCGCCAGUGCAGGGGCGACAGCAGCCCUGCUGGCCGGCUUUGACUUUGACCCCAAACCCAAGGCUGUGAUAAACGUGUAUGGCAUGGUCGACAUGCUCGACCCAUCCCACCAUACCACGCUGCCGUUCAAGGCUGACCCGUACAUCACGUCGGCAACGGAGGGGGAACUCGCCGAGGCCAUGAAGACGAGGGAUCCGAGCAAGGCCCUCGUCCAGUGUCCGUGGGCGGGUGACUUGCCCCCCGUGGUCCCUCUCGAAGUAACCCGCGCACACCUCGGCUUGCCAGAGUAUACACCCACCGACGCGACCUUUUUCCACCUCGACCUCGUGACUUAUAUGGUAAAGAAACGAAUAAUGCUUCGCACGGUGUUCCGUUGCGACGAAACGGCCGACGACAGCGUGUUCCGUGCUACCCUCCGAGCAUGGAAUCCGCUUGAUCGCUUGGCAAACGACGUAGAAGUGGCCAGGGCAUACCCUCCAACGUUCAUCCUGCAUGGGUCCGCAGACCAGUUUGUCCCCUUGCACGAGGCGACCAAGAUGGCCGCCAUUUUGAGGAGGGCAGGUGUGGCUGUUGGUGAGGCAUAUCCCGAGGGCAUGGACCAUUGUUUCGACUGGGCUAUUGGGUCGCCAAAGGACGAGGGGUGGGUCGAAUGUGUUAUCCCCAUGCUCGACUUUCUCGACGCACAUUUGCGUGGCCCGACUUAG